GUUUCUCUUUCCCUCUUAAGAACUCGGCCCCUGCCUGUCUUCUGAUCUUGCUGCCGCUCUGACUAGUUCGCUGCCUCUUGCCUCUCCUUUCUCUCUGCUUAGCGCCUUGCCUUCUGAUACCACUCCCAGUAUGGAGGCCAAUCAGUCUGCACAGCUGUCGGGGGAGCCACAGUCAACACCUGUGGGGGACAGUUCAGUAUUGCCCAGUCAAAAUGGCCUGGAGAGCCAAGAUGAUCAGGAUUCCUCAGCCCCACUCCCAGCACCUGAGGAGGAGGCAGGUGUGCAGCCUGAACAGGGAGCCCACGAUAUCUCUGAAGAAUUGAACCGACAACUGGAAGACAUCAUUAACACGUACGGGUCUGCUGCUGACACGGCAGGGAAAGAGGGUCUCGCCGCGGCCGAGGAGCAGCCUGAGAACACAGAACCACCCGACAAUGAGGACAGGGACUGCGAGGAGACCACCGGAGAGACGGAGAGAGAACCUCCGGCCUCUGGAGAGCCACCUGCAGCCAAGGAGCCUGUCAGCAAUAAAGAGCAAAAAUUGGAGAAGAAAAUUCUAAAAGGAUUAGGCAAAGAAGCCAAUCUGCUAAUGCAAAAUCUGAACAAGUUGCAAACUCCUGAGGAAAGGCUUGAUUUUUUAUUCAAGAAGUAUGCUGAAUUGCUGGAUGAGCAUCGCACUGAGCAAAGGAAGUUAAAACUCUUACAGAAGAAACAGGCACAGAUCCAAAAAGAAAAGGACCAGUUACAAGGUGAACACAGCAAAGCUAUCCUUGCACGAAGCAAACUGGAGGGUCUGUGCCGGGAGCUGCAGAGACACAACAAGACACUGAAGGAGGAAACCCUUCAGAGGGCACGUGAGGAAGAAGAGAAAAGGAAGGAGAUCACAAGUCAUUUCCAGGGCACCCUCACAGAUAUCCAGGCCCAGAUCGAGCAGCAAAGUGAGCGAAAUAGGAAGCUCUGUCAGGAGAACACUGAGCUCGCAGAGAAACUAGAAAGCAUCAUUGACCAGUAUGAGCUCAGAGAGGAGCACCUGGACAAAAUAUUUAAACACAGAGAACUGCAGCAGAAGCUGGUGGAUGCAAAACUCGAGCAGGCACAAGAAAUGAUGAAGGAAGCAGAGGAGCGACACAAACGUGAAAAGGAAUAUUUGCUGAACCAGGCAGCAGAGUGGAAACUUCAGGCCAAAGUGCUGAAGGAACAAGAGACAGUCCUGCAGGCUCAGCUUACUGUCUACUCUGGAAGGUUUGAAGAGUUUCAGAGCACACUGACAAAAAGCAAUGAGGUGUUUGCCACCUUCAAACAGGAAAUGGAUAAAACCACUAAGAAAAUGAAGAAGCUGGAAAAGGACACAGCCACGUGGAAAGCUCGGUUUGAGAACUGUAACAAAGCUCUGUUGGACAUGAUUGAAGAGAAAGCAUUGAGAGCUAAAGAAUAUGAGUGCUUCGUGAUGAAAAUUGGAAGGCUAGAGAACCUCUGCCGAGCUUUACAAGAGGAGAGAAACGAACUCUAUAAAAAAAUUAGAGAAACAAAAAUGCCUGAAAAGGAUGACCAAGGUCAGCUCACCUCUGACGACGACGAGCCAGGGUCAAAUACCUCCGUGGGUGAAGAGGCAGAUGCGCAGGAAGCCAACAGUGUUCACAAUGCUGUGCAAAAUCUGGCCGCGGCCUUCAUGGUCAUUCAUCGUCCAGAGUCAACCCUCGAUGCGUCCAAAGAAAUCCAAACAUUAGUCAGCAGUCCUCAACGGGCCGGCGGCACGGCCCUCAAGGGGCUGGAACAAGCCCCUCUGAGGCCAGCAUGCCAUUCAGGGAGUCCCCUGCAUCCCUCAAGUCCUCAGGCUGAGGCGGAGGGAGGCAACGAGGCAGAACCUCCCCUCAGAUCAGGGUCAGGAGCACAGGCCCAAGGCAAUGGUCCCCCUGCUGGACCACAGGCUGAUCCGCGGGCCCAGAAGCCAGAGGCAGCAUUUUCCGGCCAGGCCCCGGAGCCUCCGGCAGAAGCAUUUCUGCGGGAGAUGGAGGCCAAAGGGCAGCCCCGGAAGCCAGAGGCAGCAGCUUCCGGCCAGGCCCCGGAGCCUCCGGCAGAAGCAUUUCUACGGGAGAUGGAGGCCAACGGGCAGCCCCGGAAGCCAGAGGCAGCAGCUUCCGGCCAGGCCCCGGAGCCUCUGGCAGACGCAUUUCUACGGGAGAUGGAGGCCAAAGGGCAGCCCCGGAAGCCAGAGGCAGCAGCUUCCGGCCAGGCCCCGGAGCCUCCGGCAGACGCAUUUUUACGAGUGAUCGAGGCCGACAGUCGUGCCCCGCCCCCCGCAGCGGGAGAGCACGUGCCAGCUGGGGAGUCUAGACGUGAGCCCAGGAGGCAGCCCCCAGAAGCAGCAGCAGCGGAGGGGCUGCCAGGAGGGCCCUCAGCUGGGCCCCCGCUGCCCGAAGUGGCCGACACCAAUCUGGAAGGAGUCGACUAAGCCUCCUCUGCCUUCUGAGGCUGUUCUUCCCGAGUUUCCAUCGUCCUAACAGAUUGUCUCCUGAAAGAGGCAUUAAGGGCUGGGGACGUGUAAUGGAAGAGACUUAUUUAGAAUCAAGACAUUUUAAUGUUAUGCGAAGUACCUUAAGCCUUUGCUAUUUGUUCUCAAUUUAUAACUGAUUUGGAGAUUUUCUGUUUAACACUGAUAGUAUAAUUUUCUCAAAUGGCAACAAAACAUACGAGUAGCAAAUUUAUAUUAAUUUGCCAUUAAGGUGGUACUUAAUUUAAUUUCUUAAUCAACAGUAAGAUUUGGUGUUUAAAGACUCCCAUUACAAUAUAUAAAUACUGAAAAUGUGAUGCUUUAUUUAUUUCCAUAGAGUUUAAUAAGUGCCAUAGUAAGUAACGGAUGACC